GUUGAUGCAGUAUAUAACAGCAGAUGCUGGGAGGAAAUUAGACCUGUGUUGCCCUGUGUUAUCUAGGAAACGUGUGUGAUUUGUUUACAAAAUGCGGAACUUAAUUGUAUUUGCUGCAGUGUUGUUCAUGCUUCACUUCGUCUCCUACAGUGCUCUGGCACGGUCAGACCGGAUGACUGCGGUGACAACUGAAGAUCCAAAGAUGUCGGAGCAGUCCGCUGCGUUGACAGUUAACAUGACCGACAGUGAAAGCAGUUCUGGUGAAAACGACAGCACAGAGUUGGGCGAAGAUGAAAUUGAAGACCCAGACAGUGGUGAAGAAGACAAAAUUACCAUAGACUCAAAGACAGGUUUUGUAUGCCCACCGAAACCUACGGAGAUCACAGAAUUGGAGUCACAGUGCACAGCAGAGUACAAGGCAAUGAAGAGAGCAAAGUGCAACAUGACAGAGGAAGAGAAGAUGAGGAAGAUGAACAACAUGGAAUCAUUGGAGAAUGUUUCUCACGGUUUAGGCAAGAGAGAAGCAUUGAUGGCAGAUGAGACAAUGAACUCAACAGAAGCCAUAACAAACACUACAAAAACCGCAAACAUGCAUCAUCGUAAGAAAUCAUGCCUCUACUAUCAGUGCAUUCUGAAGAAAAUGGAUGUGUUGGAUGAGACAAUGCUGCCAAAUGAGGACAUGUUCAAGAUGUGGGUAGCCAAUAAUUUUACUGAUGAUGGAGAAAAGUCGCAACUACAAGAGAAGGCCAUGGAGUGUUUCAAUAACCUUCGUGAAUCUGGGUUUUACAAUGUGGAUAGUUCCAAAUCAGAAGAAGUUUCAGGAGAAGUUCCUAAUGUCAAAAAAGGUAAAACAAGUUGUAAUGCAGCAUUGAAACUACUCAAAUGUCUGUCUAAACAGGAUACUGAGUGUCCUGUCUUCAAAUUCAUAUGACGCUGCCAUCCCAAGGCAACAUUAUGUAACAAAACUUCAAAUACUCAUAACACCAAAAAUUUACUAAAUGUAGAAUGAUAAUUUAGUUUCCAAUAAGUAUGUAUUGUAAUAUCUUAAUUCUUUUGUGAUAUAACAUCUGUACAACACACUUAACAUCUAACAGUAAUGUUUAUGUACAGCGAAAGACACCAAUAUCCAUGUUAAUAACAUCCCAUUCGCUGUGAAGUUACUUCAGUCUCACUGAUUGCAGCAGUGUACACUUUAUAUCAUAUGUAAAUUAUAGUGUAUUAACCAUGUCCUUUAACUGCACUGCAGGCUGUUUUUCCUUACAAAAUAUGCAAUUUUUGUGUUAAUCAAGUUAGUAACCUGGCAACAAUAUUUAACCCUUUACAUGCCUGUAAAAUUACUUGGUCAAUGACUAGGUUCUGCUAGGCCAGGCAUGAUCCUAUCUGGCCAGUUAGUAACAGGCUCAUUUUCAUAUCUUCAAGGAUUACACUCAUUGACCUGUUCCUUAUCCAUUAAAAUGUUAUUCUGCCAAUCCAUUCUUCUAUUAGUUGAAUGUUCCUCUUCCCUCCUGGAAAGUAAUUUCAAACUCUGGUAUGUACCAAGUAUAAUUUUCUCUCAACCCUUCAAAAUGUUCCCACCAUUUAUCCCUGUUGCCUUUGACCUUAGAAUAUAAUUUCUGCCACUGGUAUCCAAAAACGCAUUUCUUAUUAAUAUUAUGUUGUUCUGAUGUCUGAAAUGUAAGAAAUAAAAGAUUUUGCAACUGUUUCACACAA